CACCUGUGCUAAAGCUGCAAGGAAUUGUGGGACGCCAUUAACUCCUUUCCACCCUCCAAGGAUGGCCCAUAUGCUGAAGGAGAUGAGGAAGGACUCGCCUUUUCUUAGCAUCUAAGAUGGUUUGGCCUGCUGUAAUCAUGGCUGCCACUUACAUACCUUGCAACAACCCGGAUGGCCAUUAUAGAAAUAGUGAUACACAUAUUACAGUAUAAAAGACAGUGCUGGAUGUACAAAACAAGCAAUUUGGAGACAUUAGCUCAGGCUCAGGGGACAUUUUAAACUAUUUUCUGACAGGCAAACAACCCAGUGAAAAAUAUCCGUUUAAUCAGGAAAUUUAGGUGCAACCUCCAUACUGGGUCUGAAUCUAAAAUCAAAUCUUUACAGGAAACUGAAAUUGCCUGAAUCCUCUGAAGUCCUCAUGUGAAGUCUUUGCAAGGACCCUGUCUCUGCCUGCUCUUCCAAACUAGGUCUCCCUGUACCAUUCUUUCUUUUUUUCUCCCCCUCCAUCUCUUGUGUUCCUCUGUCCCGGGCCCCAUGCCCACCCCUGACCGAGCAUACAGAAUAACCAAUCCUCUGGCAGCAGGGUCAGUGCCACCCAAAAAGAAGACGGCUGGCAUUGGUGCUGGCCCAGUUUUUGCUGUGUAAGGGGGUUGGGGGGAGAAAGCCUCACUGACCCAAGGCAAUCCUCUUUCAGUGAGCCCGUGAAGCUGUGGGGCUGCAGGAGCUUCAGAGUGGGUGGACUGGGCUGCUGGGACAGGAUGAGAGUUUUAAACAUGCAAAAAUUCCAUUAGGUAGAUUUCUAACUUUAUGAAAAGUGUCUGCGAGCUGUCUGAGAAAUGUCCAUGCAGGGGUCUGUGCUGGCUGUGGGGAAAUGCCUCGCCUGCCUGGAGUUCAUGUUGUUUCCAGUGUGGCGGGGGAUCGGGUCCCGUAGUGGCGUCGGAGGUGGGUGGAGCCAGGGCUGGGGACGCUGCUUGCGAUGGGAGGCAGACACUCCAGAACAAAAGGCCCGGAUCCCGGUAUUUGACUACCCGGUCUGGUUAGUCCUCUGUCGCGGGGGCCGAGCCAGGCUCAUUGAGGUUUGUCAGAGAGGGAGGGGUGCCAUCAGACUGCCCACAGACAUGCUCAGCAUCAAGCUUCCGCAGCUCUUUGACAUCCACCAGGUCCCCAAGGUGUUCAGGGAAGACGGCAUCAUCUCUGGAUACCGUCACCCGCGGAGCUCGGCGCUGGACUGCGUCCUCAGCAGCUUCCAGAUGAACAACGAGACGAUCAACAUCUGGACCCACUUCCUGCCAACGUGGUACUUCCUGUGGCGAUUCUGCGUCCUCUGCUCCACUCAGAACUUCCUGACCGACAGCUACACGUGGCCCCUGCUGGUGUACAUGCUGCUCAUCUGCAUUUACCCGUUCACCUCCAGCUGUGCACACACCUUCAGCACCAUGUCUCCAGAGUCCCGCCACAUCUGCUACUUCUUUGACUACGGAGCGCUCAGCCUGUACAGCCUGGGUUGUGCUAUAAGUUAUGGAUACUAUGUCAUACCAGACAGCUGGGUGAACAGCUGGCUGCAGCAACAUUUUGUCCCCAUUGCCAUCGGAAACACACUGUUCUGUACCAGUCUGUCCUGCUAUUCCAGGUUCCUGGAGCUGCAGUUCCCACAGCGGAGCAAAGUUCUGAGGACAGGAGCGUUUGUGCUUCCAUUUAUAUUUGACACUGUUCCUCUGUUUUAUAGGAUCCUUCUCUGCUGCGGGGGAAGCUGCAGCUCGAGCGAUGCCUUGUCCAGUCACUGUUACCACCUCCUCUUUGCCUUCCUCACCUGUUUCCUGUUUACCGCCCACCUCCCAGAGAGGCUGGCCCCGGGGCGCUUCGACUACUUUGGCCACAGCCACCAGCUCUUCCACGUCAGCGCCGUGGUGGGGACCCACUUCCAGAUGGAGGGCGUGAUCACGGACAUGACGUCACGGAGGGCGGCGCUCCUGGCCCACGGGGCGAUGCCCUCCUUCCUGGGGACCGUCGGGGUGCUGGUCCUCAGCCUCUUCCUCAACUUGGGCAUCAUUGGCAUUUUCAGCGCUCCGCUGUUGUGGAAACCCUGCAGCUCCAACCAGCCAAACGCGCCGACAUGCGAGGUCAAGGAGCAGUGAGGGUGUGUUUUUUUUGUUUUUUUUUUCCAAACAGCAACAAAACAGCUGAUUAACUGUCCAAAGGAAAGGUUUGGGCUGUUUGUCUCAGCAUCGUGUGUUUGAGAGGACCAUUAACAGUUCGCAGUAGUGCUUAUUUCACACCCGUAGUUUUAGAUUUCAUACAUCUCGUUCAGUAUUUGUUCAUGUGUUUACACAGAAGCUGAGGACCCAGUCGCGUUUACUGAAGCCUUUUCUCAGCAUGUUUAAUUUAUUUCUAAGGUGCCCCGACAUGCAUUUAAAAAAGAAAAAAGAAAAGGCUCUGGGUUGAAGGACGCAUGCUGUUGUGACACAACACACAUAAGUGCCUUAUUGUAGAGCAACACUUCAUUUACAGUGUUUACAGUACAUCACUACAAGUUUAGUUGCCAAACUGGAAACCUUUUAAUGUCGCAGUUUGCAGGGAUUGUAUUUUGAAUAAGUGAUGCUUCUGUUCACGUUUCCUGGGCCAGAAUCUCCUUCACUUUAUUGAGGAGGUACUGAAGACAUUUUUCGUAACUGGACUACUCGGCUAGUGUGGUGGUUCUGUUUAUAAGGGCAUGUCUUCAGCGUGGACAGCCCUCGUUUAACUCUACAUAAUAUAAUGCAGAUUGCGUUGCCAGCUCUUAUAUAUCCUCCUAUUGAUUCCACUCUGCACAGACUGGAAUUGAUUUGCAGGCUGGUGUGUUUUUUUUUUUUUUUUUCUGAUUGCCUGCCUUAUUAUGAACCCCACAAUCUGGCUUCAACAGAACAAAAAAAAAAAAAAAAAUGUUUCACGGUGCAGCGGGGGUGAUUAAGAGACAGGUACCAUUUUUAUGACAUUAAGUUUCCAUGGCAACACUAUAGUGGCCUCAUGCCCCCUAAAGGUCUUGAACAGUUUUAAUGUUCUGAGCAAAUGGCACCAUUUUCUCUUGUUCUUCCAUCACGUACCAUCGGAUCUGUUCUCAGCGUUUAUCAUGUACAAUAAUAGAGAAGAAAAGAAAAGAGAAUCACUUGCUGUAAUGUAACUUUUUUUGUAUUUGCAUAUUUCCAGUCUAGUCAAAUUAACAUGGAGCCAUGGAGAGAAAAAAGUCUAUUUAGUCUUAAUUUGGGCUUGUAUUAGGAGUCCUGUAGUGUUGCAGUGUUUUGGUGUAACACCCCUUUAUGUGCUGUAGGUAUCUGUUUGUCCCGUGAGAUUCUCGUAUACUGUUUAUUUACCGCUGGAAUAAUAACUCACAUACACUUACAGAAUUUUAUUAUAUUUGUUGCUUGUUUGAGGCACAUAGACAGGACUGAAGAUGGAGAUUUUUCUUCCUUUGGAGCAGAUCUAAAGUGCCAUAGAUGACGAUGAAUAACGGCCCAUUUAUCAAGAGACUGCUGUGAGCUUUGUCUUCUUAAAACAAGUGAAAAAUGUUCAUAUUUUUUUUCUAAAGGUUUCUAACUGAUUGAUAAUCAAGUAAUCAUUGGAGUCACUUUUCGUUUGCUGGUUUCAGCGUCUUAAAUGUGCAUAUUUUUGCUGUUUUAUGUAAUUGUAAACUGAAUGUCUUUAAGUUAGCCUUUUAUUCAUUAGUUUGUCUUCAGUGUCUUCAGUUUUGACCUGUUGUUUGAAUAAAAUGUCAAAAAAAUGUCAUAGCUGCUGUUGUCAGCCCACUGAGACUUUUUAGCCAGUUUAUUAAUUGAGGACAAAAAAAUUGGCAGAAAAAAACGUGAGAAUUUAGACAAAUCGAGAAAUUUUUUUCCUCCCUCAAUGUAUCCAUUUCUCACUUGGUUUAAGAAAAUAUUAAUUAUUAAUAAUACUGUCACAGCAGCCAUAGUAGUACUUUAAAAAGUAUCCAUUUGUGUACUGCCUGCAGCUCCGAGGCUGGCAAAGAAGCCACUAAACCUCCCUGUUGUAGCACUAACGUUCUGUGGGUACUUGACGAAAGCGUGGAAGGCUCUUCUGUAUAAAACAAGUUUUAAUCGGCACGUGUGGCACACAUUUACACUUAGAUCCACCAGUAUCACCAGUAGCUGGUAGACACGAGCAGCUGGAAGCCGCUCGCUCCGGCGUCUUUUAGCUGUGGUGGCAGAGCGUUUAAUGAGAGGGGAAAACGUAUGUGAUGUUAUGGGAAUGAGGUGUGUUUCAGGUCCAUGAUGGAUGCUGGAGUGAAAAAUGUCUGACGCAGAGAGAAUGUGUAGAAUCACAAAGAGUGCACACACACACACACACACACACGCACAAACACACACUUUGGUAUUAGAGCAGACGUGUUGUUUACGAUGUUUUCAAGGUUAGUGUGCAGAGUAUAAAAGUCUCCUCGCUCUUAACGUCGCAGACGAAACAGAGCGGCGUUUGCCCUCAAUGUGGCUCCCACCAGCUCUGUUUCAUGUCCGAGCCGAGCGCCGAUUGAUUUCUUUAUUUUCUCUACAGUCAUCAUCUUACGACGUUCCUCGGUUUGACCGCGUUAAUUCUUUGAAUUGCAUCAUUAUUGGCUUCUGAUGCGGUUCUUUGCUAUCGACCUGAACUGGUUUGGAAUUCAUUUAUUGUUGUUGUUGUUGUUGUUGUUUUGUCAUCUCACUCGUUCUCAGCCGUUUGGUGCCUGUACUGUUUUCAGCAGUUGCACAGUUAAAAACCUCAGAUUUCUUGAAGUCUUUUGCUUCGGAUAGGCCGACGCUGAUAUCGCCUUUCUGAAUUGUGUUUUUUUUACUUUUGUUUUGGCCAAAUUGUCAGUUUCAGACCGGAUCACUGUUACGCGUUGGUUUACUCCUUAGUGAACAAGCUCAUGCAGGUUGGAAUUAUCACAAAGGACUGGGAACAUUUUCUUGUUAAAUGAAAAAAAUAAAUAAACAAAACAAAACAGCGUGUUGAAGGAUGUUUGAUAACGUGAAAUAGAGAGCGAAAACGAGUGUGGGCUGAUUUCAUAUAACCAGAAUUUUUCAGUGAGUUUUCUGGUGCCUUUUUUAAAAAGUGUUUUAUACAGCUUUUCUUUUCGUUUGAACCUCCAUUUGUCCCAACAACAAGCUACUCUUAAAAUGUGUAAGCACUUCUUUGACCUUUGCUGUGUAUUAUUUGUAAUUUGCUACUUUGUUCUGCUAGACUUGUGUAAUAAAUUAAGCCUUUUAUAAAUGGAA